AUGGAUCCCAAACACGCUGCACAGAAGUGGUUGAGUGCGUUUGCUACUGCCGCUUCCCAAGGGGAUGUCGCUGCCCUCUUACAGUCUGUCCUCCCUCACGGAUGGUUUCGCGAUGCCCUCGUCUUUACUUGGAACACCCGUUCGCUGGAAGGACAUGACAAGAUUGCCGCGUAUCUCACUGACAAACUUACCUCGGCCCAGCUCUCGAACUUCGAACUUGAUGAGGAGCCUGGUCUAUGCCCCGAGCUCCUCUUUGGUGUGGGUGUCGGAACAGGUUUCAAGUUCGACCUUCCGAAUUGGCGAGGCCACGGAUACGUACGUCUGCUCCCCGACGAAGCGACGGGUGAGCUCAAAGCCAUUUCGCUCUACGUAUCGCGCGACAGCAUCAAAGGUCACGAAGAGAUUGGGCGUGAGCUGGGGAUCUUCAACAAUCAUACACUUUCCUGGCAUGAGAUCAACGCGUCUAGGCGUGCGGCGAUCGAGAAGGAUCCCUAUGUGAUCAUCAUUGGUGCUGGCCAGGCAGGGCUACAGGUUGCAGCUCGCCUGAAACAGCUUGAUGUUCCAGCUCUCAUUGUAGAGAAGCACAAAGCUGUAGGCGACCAAUGGCGAGCCCGCUACCCAACGCUAUCCAUCCAUACCAUCCGUCGCCAUCAUGAAUAUCUCUAUGCUCCGUAUCCUGAAACUUGGCCUGAGUUCACUCCCAGGGAGAAGAUUGCUGACUGGAUGCAGUACUAUGCAGUAUCGCAGGAUCUCGUUGUAUGGACGAGCUCCUACAUCAUACCUACGCCAUCUUACGACUCUCAGUCCAAGAAGUGGACAUUAAUCGUGGAUAAAAAUGGCGAGCAGGUAGAGCUGCACCCCUCCCACAUUAUUUCCGCAAUUGGAGCUCAAGGCCCUCCCAAUAUGCCAGAGGUCGCCGACAAAGACGUUUUCAAGGGUGAAGUAAUUCAUUCGAGCAGCUACAAUGGCGGGGAACCCUACGCAGGGAAGCACGCAAUCGUUAUUGGCGCGAGCCAGUCUUCUGCGGACAUUUGUCAGGAUCUGGCCUACCGUGGUGCGGCAUCCGUCACCAUGGUGGAGCGCGGGUCAACUACUGUUGCAUCCUCGAAGAAGGUGAUGGAGGAUUUGUACGAAUUCUGGCCGAGCGGUGUCUCAACCCCAAACUGCGACUUCAAGUUGUUCUCCAUGCCGAUGAACCUUUAUCGGAAAAUCUUGCAGCCGCGCGAGGCCGAGUUUUGGGAGCGGGACAAAGACUUGGUCGACAUACUCAAGAACAAUGGCAUGGCCUUAACUAUGGGGACAGACGGGUCGGGCUAUCACCCUUUGGUUUUCGAACGAUUAGGAGGAUACUGGUGGGACGUAGGGCUGUCCGCGUUCAUUGAGAGUGGUCAGGUCAAGAUCAAGCAAGGCGUUCUGAUUGAACGAUACACCGAGCAUGGUGUGGUCUUCACAGAUGGCUCGGAACUUCAGGCGGAUUUAGUUGUUUUCGCCACUGGUUUCGGUGAUCCACGGGUCAAUCUUAAGGAGACAUUCAGCGCCGAAGUUAUUGACCGGACGAAUCCAGUGUGGGGUCUGGACCAUGAAGGGGAGAUCUGGGGGUCCUAUCGGCCUACAGGUCAUCCAGGCUUCUGGUAUGCGGCAGGAGAUUUCUCCGCCGCCCGUGCCUUGACCAAACAGCUGGGUUUGCAAUUGCAGGCAAGGCAGCUGGGUCUGGUUUCCGAUGAUAGUUGA